AUGUGGAACGAAGAUGAUUCUAUGGAAAAAAGUGGAAAAUGGCUUUUUGGAAAUUGGGGAGUACUCAACGAAUAUUCACCUUUAAUAGUGGGUUUGGCAUGCGGUUUCGGAGUCGUUUUGAUAGUUGUGACAACAAUGACAUUAUGGAAAUAUUGUUUAUUGACGGCAACUAAAAAAAUGUGCUGUAGAGGUACGUACGGUAUAGCAACAUGUCAAAUUGAAAAAAAUUCAGCACCAUUAAGAGAAAAACAAGAAAAUUCCAAUGAUUUCGAUAAUUUUAAACGUUUUGAAAUACAUGAAAGUAAAAAAAAUUAUUCAAUGUUAAGACGAUCGGCUACGGUCGAUUUUAAUUAUACGAUAAUAAAAACAUCAUCAAAUUCACGUUUGGAUUUAUCUCAAGUUGUCGAACCUUUGAUGAUGACACGAGAUUCAUUCACAUCACAAUCAAAUCUCAAUCAAUAUAAUCCCGUUAUUGAAUAUUCAAAAGAUUUUUCUAAAUCUACAACAGCACUCGAAGAUUUAUAUGCAAAGGUUAAUUAUAGUAAAAAAAUCAAAAACAGAAUGAGAAAAGAUGAUGCUGCAAUUAUUGCAAUGAGUAAAUCUCACAGCGGAAAUAAUAAUACAUUGGAUGAACAAUCAUAUCCUGCCAUUGUUGUUUACGAUGAAAGAACAGCUCUGUGA